UAAACAACGUAAAGACCGCGAGUGACCAUAGAUGACGUUGAGUGUAACGUUCACGCUCUAAUCGAUAUGGAUGGUAGCUAUUAUUCCAAGCUUUCUCAUUGCUAUGUAUAAACAAUCCGAGUGAGAGUGCGAGUUCGUUUCGACGAGGUUCUAGACGUGUACGUUGUGGGAUUUACUUGCCGUGGAGUUUCGCUGCCGAUCGAACAACGUCGCCGAACGCGCUCUCGUCGCGUUUUACAACGUGAUCAACCGCGUACGACGACCGGAUGUGUCGUCAUGCCGUGUUGGCCGAGAAGUCGGAGUAACAUGACAUAUUUUAUACAUUAAUAUUCUAACCUUCUUUCUCCUGACCUGUGAUCGGGAAAAUUAUUUUACACGGGGACGUGAUUGUGAAAAAAACGUCCGAAAAUGGUCUUGGCGGAUCUCGGACGUAAAAUUACGUCCGCCUUGCGGUCGCUCAGCAACGCGACCGUCAUCAAUGAGGAGGUUUUAAAUUCUAUGCUAAAAGAGAUUUGCACAGCGUUACUGGAAGCUGAUGUAAAUAUUAAAUUAGUAAAACAAUUAAGAGAAAAUGUACGUCAGGUUAUCGAUUUUGAGGAUAUGGCGGGCGGUCUUAAUAAAAGGCGGAUGAUACAGAGUGCAGUUUUCAAGGAACUUGUUAAGUUAAUUGAUCCUGGUGUUAAAGCGUAUCAACCAGUGAAAGGUCGCUCUAAUGUGAUUAUGUUUGUCGGCUUACAAGGUUCUGGUAAAACAACUACUUGUACCAAACUCGCGUAUCAUUACCUUAAAAAAAACUGGAAAGCGUGCUUAGUGUGCGCAGAUACUUUUCGCGCUGGUGCGUACGACCAGAUAAAACAAAAUGCUACAAAAGCUAGGAUACCAUUUUAUGGAAGUUAUACAGAAGUAGAUCCUGUAGCAAUUGCGCAGGACGGUGUUGAAAUGUUUAAAAAAGAAGGUUAUGAGAUAAUAAUAGUAGAUACGAGUGGAAGACACAAACAGGAAGAGUCACUAUUUGAGGAGAUGUUGCAAGUCGCCAAUGCCGUGCAACCAGACAAUAUAAUCUUCGUAAUGGAUGCGACAAUAGGUCAAGCUUGUGAAGCACAGGCUAAAGCUUUUAAAGAACGUGUCAAUGUCGGUUCUAUUAUAAUCACAAAAUUGGAUGGCCAUGCCAGAGGUGGUGGAGCACUUUCUGCUGUUGCAGCUACACAAAGUCCCGUAAUAUUUGUUGGCACGGGAGAACAUAUAGAUGAUCUGGAACCGUUCAAAACAAAGCCGUUUAUUAGUAAAUUGUUAGGUAUGGGAGACAUAGAGGGUCUUAUAGAUAAAGUAAAUGAACUCAAUCUGGAUGAUAACGAAGAAUUACUUGAAAAAAUCAAACACGGUCAAUUCACUUUGCGUGAUAUGUACGAACAGUUUCAGAAUAUUAUGAAAAUGGGACCAUUUUCACAAUUAAUGGGUAUGAUUCCUGGAUUUAGUCCAGAUUUCAUGUCGAAAGGAACGGAGCAAGAAUCGAUGGCUCGAUUAAAACGACUAAUGACUAUUAUGGACAGUAUGAAUGACUCAGAAUUGGACAGUAGAGACGGAGCUAAAUUGUUCACCAAACAACCUGGAAGAAUAGUAAGAGUGGCGAGAGGUUCUGGUGUAACGGAAAAAGAGGUUAAGGAUUUAAUUAUGCAAUAUACGAAGUUUGCGGCGGUUGUUAAGAAAAUGGGAGGUAUCAAAGGUCUGUUCAAAGCCGGUGACAUGGCGAAAAAUGUUAAUCCUACACAAAUGGCGAAGUUAAAUCAUCAAAUGGCUAAAAUGAUGGAUCCACGUGUGUUACAUCAAAUGGGUGGCAUGUCAGGUUUGCAAAAUAUAAUGAAACAGUUACAGCAAGGUGCGGCGGGUGGACUUGGGAAUUUAAUGGGAGGUUUUGGUGGCAAAUCCUGAGAUAAAGUUCCAGGCAGUGUAGGCGCUGCCGUUAAGAACAUUAAAUACCGUUACGUACACGUUUCGAGAUAAUUACGAUAUGAAGAAAAUUUAUGGUCAAAUUACAGGUUUGUGAAGAAGUUGUAUUUAAAUUUUUUUUUUCCAGAAAAUGUGACUUUAUAAAAUAAUGGCGUGAUAAAAAAAAAAAAAAAAAAAAAAAAUCAUACCAAUGUAACACCAGCAAAUCGUAUUGAUGGUAGAUUCUUCGACGCCUUUUUAACAACUCGCUCAUUAAAUCGGUAAAACAUACUUUUCGAUGUAAAUGCAAUAAAUUUGUCAAAAUACGCUAUUAUAGUGUGUCACACAAUGAGAAUGAUAAGUUGUUGAGACAGUUUAUACAGCCUUUUUUUAUUUUCUAUCCUUGUAAAUUUUGUUAAAGAUUUAAGAUUUGUUGUUUUUAUAAAUCACCAGUAUAAUAAAACGCAAAAGUAAUAACGACUCUCCGUUCAACAUUAUCAGAACUAUCCGAACUAAGAAAUAAACUGUGUGAAAUUGAUAUACAUGACAAAUUGUCACCAAAAAGCAUUUUAUAUACAAGGAAGAUGUGUAUAUAAUUUUGUUACAUAAGAAAAAAAAUAAAAAUUGGCAAUUUUA